GCGCCCUGGACAGCAUCACCAAAUAUUUCCAGAUGUCGCUGGAUGCAGAAAAGAGAGCCAACGCCUCCGUUUUGCUUCCCGGAAGCCUUGUUGAGCAGUCCGCCGAAAUGCGCCUGGAAGUGGAGAGCUUGAUUAACGAUACCGAGGCCGCCUUCAAGUCUACUCAGGAAGAGCAAUCCCGUCUCUUGGAUGAGCUGGCAGGCAAGCUGCAAAGUCUGGACUUGGCUGAAGUGUCGGAGAAGGUGUGCGGGACUCCCCCGGGGGCUUCUUGUGUCGAUUCCCCCUGUGGCGGGUUGAGUUGCCACACUGAAGACGGGAUGAAGCAUUGCGGAGGGCCCGGGUGCGAAGGCCUGGUGACGGUGGCCCACACCGCCUGGCAGAAAGCCAUCGAUUUCGAUCGAGACAUCUUGAGUGCGCUGGCGGAGGUGGAGCAGCUCUCCAAAAUGGUUUCAGAAGCCAAAGAAAGAGCCGACGAAGCCAGGCAGAACGCCCAAGACGUUUUGCUGAAGACCAACGCCACCAAGCACCAGGUAGACAGGAGCAACGAGGAUCUCCGGAAACUUAUUCAGCAGAUCAGAAUGUUUUUGACGAAAGAGGGUGCUGAUCUUGAUAGCAUCGAAGCCGUCGCUAAUGAAGUUCUCAACCUGGAGAUGCCCAGCACACCUGAACAGCUGCAAACCCUGGCAGAUAACAUUCGCGACCGUGUGGAAAGCCUGUCUGAUGUGGAGACCGUCCUUCAGCAGAGCGCCGGAGAUAUCGCAAGGGCGAAGGCGUUGUUAGACGAAGCUAAGAAAGCCAGCAAAAGCGCGACGGAUGUGAAAGUCACGGCGGAUAUGGUCAGAGAAGCGUUAGAAGAAGCUGGCAGAGCCCAAACCACAGCUGGAGAUGCCAUCAAACUGGCAGAGAAAGAUAUUGAAGGAACGCAAGGCUUGCUUGCCUCUAUUGCCUCUGAAACCGGCUCCGUGGAAGACCGUUUGGGGAACGCGACCCUGCGUAUUGCAGAACUGGAGAAGAACGUGGAAAUGCUUAGAGAGAAGGCAGCUACCAACGCAGAGGAUGUAAAAGCCGCGGAAGAAAACAUCGCGGUGGUUAAUCGAACAACCGCAGACGUUCAAAAAAUACUAGAUGACAGUGUGAAUGAGAAAUACAAAACGGUAGAAAACUUAAUUGCCAAGAAAACAGGCGAGUCUGCAAACGCCAGGAAGAAAGCGGAAGAGCUGCAAAACGAAGCUAAAAUUUUGUUAGAGCAAGCAAACAGCAAACUCCAGCUUCUCAGAGAAUUGGAAGACACGUACGAAAAAAAUCAAAAAAUCCUGGAAGAGAAAGCUAAACAAGUCAUGGAACUGGAGGAGACCGUCCGAGGCCUCUUGCAAGCCAUUAGUCAAAAAGUCGCAAUUUACAGCACCUGCUAGAAAUUGGAAAAGGGAACAGAGAAGGGAAAAAACAAAACCAAAAUACGUUUCAAUGGAUGAUAGGUCUUAACCCGAUAACGGAACCUGUCGCGACCUGACCAACGUUUUUCUUGUUUUGUAAAAUAAAAUGCUACUUUGUAACCAAGCACAUGCCUCGUUUAACCCUAGUUUUAGCCUCAUUCCAAUGUUAAUUACUUUUUUUUAAAUUAUCCCAAAUAGUAAUUAACCCUUUUGAAUUCUGCUAAUAAAAUCCU